AUGAAGAAGGUGUGGACCAAAGCGCAGCGUGGCCUGGCCCACUUAGGUGGCGCCUCUGGAGCGGGGACCCUCGCCGCCGACCCCGGACUGGGGACCCUCUUCUCGGGCACCGGACAGGAGGGCAACUCUGGCAGCUCCGGACAUGAGGGCGACUCUGGCAGCUCCGGACAGGAGGGCGACUCUGGCAGCUCCGGACAGGAGGGCGACUCUGGCAGCUCCGGUCAGGAGGGCGACCUUGGCAGCUCCGGAGUGACCCUGGCAGCUCCGGACUGGAGGGUGAACCUGGAGGGAGGAGACGCAGAGACAGCCUGGUGUGUGGGGCUGCCACCGGGCCCACCAGACCUACAGGAGGCCUGGUGCGUGGAGGAGGCACCGGAUGAACCAGGCUGUGGGGGAGCACUGCGCAGCCUUGGCACCACUCUUCCAGGCUGA